CUCGCUCUUAAUAAUGUGCAGAAAUGUCGAGCCAGGAAGCCGCAUUCAGGACCGAGCGUUUGCGUCCUGUCGUGUAAAACCCUUAUGGACAUUUAUCCGUGGCGUCGCGUCGUGUCCACCGCGGACUGCGGGAAUGUGGACGGUCCACGGCCCACGGCCACGGGGAUGAUGAGACCUUCGUGUUUUUUCUUCUUCUGACUCUCUCUUCCCCUCUUUUGGCCAUCGUCAUUAAACUUUCAAGAUGAGGAUCCUGGCGUCUCUGCUGAAAAACGCCAACCCCAAAAUCGAGUUCUACUCCAGGUUCUCGCCUUCCCCGCUGUCCAUCAAGCAGUUUCUGGAUUUUGGCCGGGACAAUGCCUGCGAGAAGACAUCCUACAUGUUCCUCCGUAAGGAGCUGCCCGUGCGUCUGGCAAACACCAUGAGAGAAGUCAACCUGCUGCCCGACAACCUGCUCAGCCAGCCCUCCGUCAGACUGGUCCAGAAGUGGUACAUGCAGAGCUUCGUCGAGCUGCUCGACUAUGAGAACAGGAAGCCGGAGGAUCCUCACGCGCUGAAUGAUUUCCUGGAGCUCCUGAUCGAGAUCCGUAACCGUCACAACGACGUGGUUCCCACCAUGGCUCAGGGGGUCAUCGAGUACAAGGAGAAGUUCGGCUUCGACCCCUUCAUCAGCAGCAACAUCCAGUAUUUCCUCGACCGCUUCUACACCAACCGCAUCUCUUUCCGCAUGCUCAUCAACCAGCACACUCUCCUGUUCGGCAACGACACCAACCCGGCUCAUCCGAAACACAUAGGAAGCAUCGAUCCCACCUGCAACGUGUCUGAAGUGGUCAGAGAUGCCUACGACACUGCCAAGAUGUUGUGCGAGAAGUACUACUUGGCUGCUCCCGAGCUCAAGAUCGAAGAGUUUAACAUGAAGGCUCCUAAGAAGCCCAUCCAGGCGGUGUAUGUGCCCUCUCAUCUGUUCCACAUGUUGUUCGAGCUCUUUAAGAAUUCAAUGAGAGCGACGGUGGAACUUCACGAGAACAGCAAAGAGGGAUUACCUCCAGUGAAGGCCAAAGUCACUCUGGGUAAAGAGGAUCUCUCCGUGAAGAUCAGCGACAGAGGAGGAGGAGUUCCUCUGCGGAAGAUUGACCGUCUGUUUAACUACAUGUACUCCACCGCGCCGACGCCGAGCCUGGAGCCGGGAGCCGUGCCUCUGGCUGGUUUUGGCUACGGUUUACCCAUUUCCAGACUCUAUGCUCGAUACUUCCAGGGAGAUCUGAAACUCUACUCCAUGGAGGGAGUGGGAACGGAUGCUGUCAUCUAUCUGAAGGCCCUGUCCAGCGAGUCCUUCGAGCGCCUGCCCGUCUUCAACAAGUCGGCGUGGCGGCAUUACAAGACGAGCCCCGAGGCGGACGACUGGAGCAACCCCAGCAAAGAGCCACGCGAUGCCACUUCACCUGAUGUGAAAGGAAAGAAGAAUUGAGAAAGUGUGGGAUUCCCCGCUGUAGGAUUCCAUCACUGCCAAAGCCUCUCAUAACCUGCCGGUCUCACUACUCGGUGACAGACCCGAUGUAAAAGAAGCGCUGUGUUUAUAGGUUAGCGGGCGACGUGUAGGGCGACGCGUGGACUCUCCGCGCACUUCGGCUCUUUCACAACCAGUUCCUUCUUUUUUUCUGUAGAGGCCAGAGGAUCUUCUAUCAUCACUUCCGGUUGAACCAACCUUACCUGUAAAAGACUUGUCUCGUUGUACUGCAAGUAUUUUAGAAAAUACCACAUAUAUAAUAAUGUGUAUACGCAGCCAGUGUGGACGUGCUCUGUGUGUGUUUUCCAUUCUACUGUAAAUCCAGCUUAAACAACACAUUGGUAUGAUCCUCUAUGUGGCGCUGUAGAGAUACUACGCUAGUACAAAAAAAAAAAAGUGAUCCAGCAUGAGAUCAAUAAAGAAAACUGCUGUCGUUUGUGAUCCAUCUA